CUAAAAUUCCAUCAUACGUUAUAUCGUUAUAUUGAUUCGUGAUUUUCGUACUAAUUCACUAUGAUAUAUAAUUUAGCAAACCAUUAUUUUAAUAAUGAGGAGUAAUCCCAAUUAUUCAGCUAAAAUGGAUAACAAAUUGUAAUUACUUCUAUCAUUAUCUAAAACCCUCCAUCGUCUUCUUUUCAUUUUGUAUGCUUCCUUUUCCUAUUUUAAUAAAACAAUAAAUAUCUUAGAAUCACUUCUUAAUCACAAAUCUCUUUUCCUCUGCCUUUCCUUGUCAAUUUAUUAUUAUUAAAGUUGAGCUCUCAAAUUCCUACGGGCUACAGAGAUAAAAGAGAGAAGAAAUAAAUAAAAAAAAGAAAGAAAGAAAAGAGAGAUUGGUACAAACAAACAAAAAAGACAAUGGAACUCAUUAUUUUCCCUCCGAUUUGGGGUGAGGCUAGCAUAGUACGCGGCCCCUCCAUUUUCCCUCGCCUCUGUACUGUAGAACAUUUCGGAAACGGGGAAAAUUUUAUUGGAACCCACAAUUCCCCCCUUUUCCUUUCCUUUCUCUCAUUUUCCCUGGCAAAGAAACAAGGGGUAAGGAACAAUAGAAGUAGGACAUGUCUUAUGAUAGAAAGAAUAGCAAAUCCUGAUCUCCGAUUUUCUCCUCUUCCCCCUAGCGGCGGAAGCAACCGCCGGUUUUUUCGUAGAAUAAACAGAACGGAGAAUCUAUUCGCUUCUUUGAAAGGAAAACUUCAAAUUUUCGCAGUGAUCUCUGAUUUCACCUUACCCUUCAAUCAACAGCAAUGGAGUUUCCGCUGCCGAUGGACAAAGUCUCUGUUCCCACCGAGGACGACGGCAAGGUAUCUGUAGUUCUGGUUGCCACCGGAAGCUUCAAUCCUCCUACUUUCAUGCACUUGCGGAUGUUUGAGCUGGCAAGAGAUGCAUUGCAAAUGGGAGGCUACCGUGUGAUUGCUGGGUAUAUGUCGCCCGGUCUUGCCCGCGCUGAGCAUCGUUUGCGCAUGUGUAAUUUAGCCUGUGAGAGCUCCGCUUUUAUUAUGGUUGAUCAAUGGGAGGCAAAUCAAAGUACCUACCAGCGAUCUUUGACUGUGUUGAGAAGAAUUGAAAGUGUCUUCAUCGAUCAAGUCCCGAUAUCCAGGGAAUCCCUCAAGGUGAUGCUGGUUUGCGGUGCUGAUCUGCUGCAGUCGUUUAGUAUUCCUGGGGUUUGGAUUCCCGUUCAGGUAAGGACCAUAUGCAGAGACUAUGGCAUAGCUUGCAUUCAUAGGGAAGAGCUUGACAUAGACCGAAUCAUAGCUGCUAAUGAAAUCUUGAAUCAGAAUAAGGAUAACAUCAAGCCUGUUACUGAACCUGUACCAAACACGAUAAGUUCCACCAGAAUGAGGGACUGCAUAUCAAGAGGAUUGUCAAUCAAGUACUUGACAGUGGAUUCAGUUAUCAGUUACAUCAGAGAACAUAAUUUGUAUUUAGGAAACAGAUUAAGAUCAUCUCCUGCAGCAUUAUAUCCGAUGAACUUCAAACCCUCAACUCAUACUUGAGAGUACUUUGUAAAAUUGCUCAGUUCGGUUUCAAAGAGGUGCAUAAAUGUAAAGCUACAGUUUUUCAACUAAGAUCUUGAAUAAAGGUAAAAGUCUCUG